CAUUUUCUUUCUUCAAUUUCCGUGUUUCUCUCUUUCGAAUCUUGUUCAACGCGACCACCCCUUUUUUCACAUCUUUUUUUUUUAUGUAUUUUGAGGUCUUCAGUUCAUAGAUUACCAAAUCUGGGAGCGGAUCUUUAAUAUAUAUUGGGAUGAUCCUUUUUCUUUUUGUUUGAUUGGAAAUUGAAGAAAUUGUACCGAUAGAGAUAAAGAUGAGCAUAGAAAAAUCCAACAUACAAACCAAUCUGAUUUUUGCCCAUGAUGGGCAAUGUUUCUAUCCCCCGAGGGAGUCUGGAGACAGGGAAUAGAUUAAUCUUCCCCUCCCAAAAGCAGAUUUUUGAUUUGUUGCCAACUAUAAAACGAGUGGAACGGGUAAAGUCUAUGUCUCCUUGAGAAAUAUCUUUCCAAGGGCAUUGGUGAAAGCACCUAAUCACAAAAUUGGCAUCCCAUUCUUUGGAUUGAGGAUCUUUAAUGUAUAUAUUGAGAUCAUGAGAGUAGAAAGAUCCUUUUCUUUUUGUUUGGUUGGAAAUUGAAGAAAUUGUACCAAUAGAGAUAAAGAUGAGAAUAGAAAGAUCCAACAUACAAACUAAUCUGAUUUAUGCCAUAAAGUGUCAAAUUUCCUAGGAUAUAUCAUAAGCACUCAUCCAAUAGAGUUUGUUAUUCAAAAAGACCACACCCAUUCAUCAACCCAAACCCCCUCAUAUCUAGGCUUACACACCUGCCUCCAAACUCUCAAGUGGUCUCUCUUCCGUUCACCAAUACUUGAUCAAUGCAAGUCUCUUUGAAUUUUCUCAAUCCCAGAUGCAACAUCGGAUGGGAUCUUCAAGAUGGAAAGGCGAUAAAAGAAAUAUGAGCAAGGAAGGCCUGAAUUCCCCCAAGAGCAUCAUUGCCGAUGUUGCGGGAGAACUUUGUGUCAUGAACAUUCAUCAAAUCAAAUGGCUUUGCCACAAUUUGGUCUUCACACGUCUGUUAGAGUUUGCUCUGACUGUUUUAAUGACUCCUCCCGAUUGGGAAAAGUUGAUCCAGUGGCCUCUUUAGAUGGGAUUAAUUCUGUUGUGGAUUCAGUUGCAACACUGAACAUCAAUCCAAAUGUAGAUCUGAAGACUGGUGAACCAACUGCAGUGCAUAACCCUGUUUCAGGCAUUUCAGAUUGCAAGUGUGGGAUGCCUUUAUGCAUUUGUGAAGCUCCAGCUGCACCUGUAGAGACAGUUCCCUUGCAGAGGAAAACUAUUGCCAUCUCUACCACUCAUUUGAACCCAAAACCAAAAAAGACUGACUGCAAUCUGAAGAAUAGAGGUUCCACUUCAAACAGCAAGCAUGGGUUGGCUUCCAAUCUUGGGCAGGUAAGCAACAGUAGUUUGGAUAAACCUCAGAUGGAUUAUGAUGCUAAUGGGGAGGGUUUAAGAGAAGCUAUCAAAAAUAGUGACACUGCUGCAGUCAAGAAGCUUCUGAGUCAGGGUGUUGAUGCAAAUUACUGUGACAAGCAAGGAUUGUCCGUGCUACAUCUGGUAGAAUCUCUCUCACCCCAACCACCCCCCCACAAUGCGGCACUCUUUAAUCAAACUGAUAUAGCUUUUAUUCUCAUGGAAUCUGGAGCAAGUCUGGAGCACAAGAAUGCACAGGGAGAAACACCACUGGAUUGUGCUCCUGCUACGCUGCAAUACAAGAUGCGGAAGAAGAUGGAAGAAGGUGGGCAGAAGGGCUAAACCGAUGUCAGCUGAGAGAAGUGUUUUUGUACAGGGCUAACCCCAUCUCUCAUCUGUGAGAAGCAUUUCUCUUGUAUCCUAAGCUUGUGUGCGAACCUUUGUUUCUUUAUUUAAGAACAUUUCUCUUGAUUGGGUUCCAACUGCUGGGCUGCUGGACUGCUGGUCAGGUACACAAACACAUUUGCAGACACAGCAGUACAAGAAAUUCGUGGAGAAUGAAUGCCCACGCUAAAAGUUUGUUGUAAAGUACUCUUUUACAAAAAAUAUAAAAACGUUUUAGCUGGCUGUUAACCUUGGAGAAUAGUGGAACUGAAGUCAAAGAAGCCAACGCUGUGAGUUGUAAGCCCUAUUAGCCAAUUAAUAGUCGCCAAUUAUUGAAGUUCGCUUUUUGGCUGUAAAACGAUUGAAACAGAUGUAUCUUUUUUUUUUUUUUGUGCAUUGAAAGAGGUGGAAAAAUGUUACUCUCC